AAUUGAAAUCGAGUGGUGAAAGUACAACACACGUAGUGCAAGAGUUAGUUGUACCUUUGCACAUUACAUAAAGAAGCAAAUUAGAAACAAUUUCAAGGGUUUAAGCGAAGAAGAAGAAGAAGUGCAGCAGUACUUGAAAAUUAUAAAACCUUAAAACCAGGUUCGACAAUGGUUGCCCUCUCAACCUGGUUCCGCUACAUUUCCAACAAAUUCGAUUACUCUCUCUGUCUCAGCGGAAAGACCUAUAUAAACGGUAAAGUUGCAGAUGCUGAAAUUAUUCAUGCGAUAUGGAGAAAUUUUCUCCACGGAAGGUUGACUUUCUUGCAUUGGAAUAAAGGAGAAGAAAUGGCUCCAUUAAUCGGGCCUCAUGGUGGAACUCUUCUAGUUAGGAAACUACCAGUCCCAGAUCCCACGAGAGUUCGCAUUGGAGAUGUGGUAGUGCUAAAGGACCCUUUAAACUCUAGCAAUUUUCUUGUACGAAGAUUAGCUGCCAUCGAAGGAUACGAGAUGGCAUCUACAGAUGAAAAGGAGGAAUCUUUUGUCCUCGAAAAGGAACAUUGUUGGGUAGUAUCUGACAAUAAUAAUCUAAAGACUAAGGAAGCUUAUGAUAGUCGAACAUUUGGGCCCGUUAACAUGAUAGACAUAGUUGGGCGGGCAAUAUAUUGUCUGAGAAAUGCGGUGGAUCAUGGCCCUGUAAAUAAUAGCGAUAUUAGCACUAAACAGGAUUUACCUGUCAUAGAAGUCGAACUAGAUGUUGACGAGAUGGCAAAAAAUCAUAAAGCAUCGUAAGAAAUGUUGUGAUCUAUUAUUCUUGUUGACCAGAAUUUUAACGCGCUGAAUAAAUGGGAGGCUGAUUGAUCCAAGCCGUCGGAUUUUCGACCAGUAGCCCUCGUUGCUCUGAGAUUAUUUAUCGUCCACUUGAGAAAAAUUUUAGUUCUGUAUUUUUAUUUUUUAUUUAUAUUAAAUGUUGGACAAAAAUUUGUAUCAGCAUCAACUUCAAUUCCAUCAGAGUGUUCAUCAUCUGUAAGCCGAAAUUCCCUCUGACUGUAUUUUGCAAAUUGUUUCUUGGCAAGUUAUUAUUAUUAGAUUAGUUUAAAUUAGU